CGCAGUUUGAGCCGCUCAGCCCGGGAGCCCCGGGGAGCCCCGGGGACAGAACCCGGCAGCGGCUGCGGGCGGGGCGAGCCCUCCCUGCCCGUCCGAAUUGGGGAACCCGAAACUCGCAGCGAGUCCCCUCCCCGGGCACUGCCCGAGCCACAUCCGGCCCGGCCGCCCACGGGCACCGGCAGCGGCACCGGCACCGGCAGCGCCCGGGCCCCACGAGCCCCGGGGUACCGGGGGUCACGGUCCCCCCGGGGGUCACGGUCCCCCCGGGGAGCCCCGGCCCGGCCGGCCCCGCGGAGCUGCUCAGCGAGGCAGGCCGGUGCUGUGGGGGGCAGAGCCAUGAGUGUGGGCUGAGCCCCCCUCGCUGGGACCUGCGCCCACCCCGAGGCAGGAUGCGGGGGGCGCAGCGGGCUCUGUGCCUGCUGCUGGUGGCCUCGGCGUCGCUGGCCGCGCUCUACCUGCACCUCUGGGCACCCAAGGGCCCCCCCAGUGUGGACCUGCGCCGCCCCCCCCCCGAGAGGCUCCCACCCCCCCUGCCCCCCCCCGCCCGCGCCUACCCUCACGUGCCCUUCCGCCUCAAGGAGGAAGUCAUGGAGCUGCUGCCCAGGAACGGCUGCUCGUGCGAGGCGGAGGCGGAGGCGGGGCUGGCGCUGCCGCUGCGGCGGCGGCUCUUCGGGCCCGGCCCGGGCGGGCUCGACUUCGCCAGCGCCUUCGCCCCCGGGGAGCGGCCGCGGCAGCUGCGGCUGCGGGAGCGCGAGUACCGCAAUUACCGGAACCGGGUGCAGACCCCCGCCGACCGCCUGCUCAUCGUCCCGGCCAACUCCCCUCUGGAGUACCCGGCGCAGGGGGUGGAGGUGCGGCCGCUGCAGACGGUGCUGGUGCCCGGGCUCAGCCUGCAGGCGCCGGCCAGGAACAGGUACCAGGUGAACCUGACGGCCUCGCUGGGAACGCUGGCGGUGGCGGCCGAGGUGGAGGGCGUGGCGCUGCGGGGGGAGGGGCAGCCUCACCUGUCCUUGGCCGCCGCCCACCUGGACCACCUGAACCGGCAGCUGCAGUUCGUCACCUACACCAACACCCAGUUCCACCCCGACACCGCCGACAUCGUGCAGUUCUCCACCGACGGCCACUCCGCCGCCUUCGCCAUCCGCAUCCGGCACCCGCCCACCCCCCGCCUGUACGGCCCGGGGAGCCCCGGCGACAGCGACGGCGACAGCGACAGCAGCGGGGACGGGGGGUACAACAUCUCGGCGCUGGUGACGGUGGCCACCAAGACGUUCCUGCGCUAUGACAAACUGCGGGGGCUCAUCGCCAGCAUCCGCCGCUUCUACCCCUCUGUCACCAUCGUGGUGGCCGAUGACAGCCAGCGCCCCGAGCCCCUGUCCGGGCCCCACCUGGAGCACUACCUCAUGCCCUUCGGCAAGGGCUGGUUCGCCGGGAGGAACCUGGCGGUGUCGCAGGUGACAACCAAGUACGUGCUGUGGGUGGACGAUGACUUCAUCUUCACACCCCGCACGCGGCUGGAGAAGCUGGUGGAUGUGCUGGAGAGAACCAGCCUGGACCUGGUGGGCGGCGCGGUGCGGGAGAUCACCGGUUACACCACCACGUACCGGCAGCGGCUGAGCGUGCGGGGGGGCGGCGCGGGGGGCGACUGCCUGCGGACCCGGCCCGGCUUCCACCACCGCCUCGCCGGAUUCCCCGCCUGCGUCGUCACCGACGGCGUCGUCAACUUCUUCCUGGCCCGCACCGACAAGGUGCGGCAGGUGGGCUUCGACCCCCGCCUGCGCCGCGUGGCUCAUCUCGAGUUCUUCAUCGAUGGGCUGGGGGUGCUGCACGUGGGCUCGUGUGAGGAUGUGGUUGUGGACCACGCGUCCAAGCUGGCGCUGCCGUGGCGGCGCUCGGAGGGCGAGCGCCAGUACAACCGGUACCGGUACCCGGCGGCGCGGGACGACAGCCUGCGCCUCAAGCAGCGCCUCUUCUUCUUCAAGAACCGCUUCAAGUGCAUGGCCGGCGAUUAGGAGUGGCCACCGGCCCCGGCCACCGCGGGCCAGCCCUGGGGUGCCACAGGGCUGCUGACACUGGGGUGCCACGGGAGUGACACCCCCCCCACCCCGGGGCACCCCAUGGGCAGCCAGCGCUGGCCACCCCCAGGGUGCUCACGGGGCCACUGACACGGAGGUGACACGGGGCCACCACGCCAGGGUCACCAACCACGGGACACCCCAUGGACAUCACUCCCAGG